AUGGCCACCGCUGGCGUUCAGAUCACCGCGACGAAUAAAUCUCCACUGAUCCUUAUCGUGACAUGGCUACUGCUCGUCCUCGCCGCAUUUGCCUACAUUAUGCGCUCCAUUGUCAAGAUAUCGCGCCAGGCCAUGAGCUUUGGAGUCGAUGACUAUCUUCUCACAGGUGCCUUGGUCUUUUGCGCCGCACAGUCGCUGGCUACCAUCCUCCGGGCGGCAGACGGGUUUGGAAAACCCUUCGACACUCUGUCUGCCGAAAAAGUGAACAAGAUCACGGAAGCCGCCAUGGCGGCGAACGUCCUCUAUGUCGUGUCCUUGGCCUUGUCGAAAUUGUCCCUCCUUCGUCUCCUGGUCAAAAUAUCCCCGAAUUUACGGCACCAUCAAGUCAUGAACGGCAUCAGCCUCUUUGUCAUUCUUUUUACGUUUAUUUCGAUAUUUGUGGUCUCUUUUUCCUGCUCGGUGCCAAAAACAUGGGAUUAUGCUUCUGGACGGUGUAUCAAUAGGACCGUAUGGUGGAUCGUCUUCGAUGCGUACAACAUCAUCACCGAGGCCGCUUUGAUCUUUAUGCCUCUCUACAUUAUCGGGCUGGUGCAGUGGCCUAUCUCGCGCAAGGUUGUGGUCUCCACUCCUUUCGUGUUACGGAUAUGUACAGUUGCAGCUUGCAUAACGGAUAUGGUGCUGUGGCAUAGCGUCUCGACCGCCACAGACCCUUACUUUACCGAGUGGACCGUUUCCGUGACCACGCAAGUUAUACAAUGCAGCUGUCUAGUGUGCACGUGUGUCCUGUACCUGCGAAAUUUCCUUUCAAGUAUUGAAACUGGAUUUGGGCUGGAUGGAGAUUUAUCGGCAUCGAUCCCGCUGAAAGAUCGCACCACCACUCAGGGUUACAAUAUUUCUUCGGAAAGGUUGACCGGCUCUGCGGGCCUACCGGGGCAGAUCGAGGUCACCACAACGUAUGAGGUCCAUACAGAGACGGUGUAUGGGGCGGAGUCGGGGGAAGAAUGA